ACAACCAUGGGACUUGGGUCUUCCUGCGUUUUGGGUUUUGAGUCUCCUCGUUUCUUGUGCCUGCUUUGGGGGUUUGGGGGUGCGGAGGCUCCCCAGGGUGACUGUGCUUGUGCCCCCUCUGUCCCCCCCCCCAGCCCCUCCAAGGCCAGCAGGCAGUCUUCGGCGAAGGUCCGGCCCAAAGAGGUCCACUACGCGGCCAGCGUGGGGCACGUGAACUGGCUCCAGAUGUGCCUGCAGAAAGCCGAGAACCCCACCCAGGCCGACAUCAACGGCUUCUCUGCGCUGCACACGGCGGCCUUGCGCGGGCGCCUGGACUGCAUCGAGGUCAUGGUGGAGCGCUACGGAGUGGACGUGAACCUUCCCAGCCUGACCGGGUGGUGCCCCGUCCACCUGGUGCUCAGCAAGGAGAACGGGGCCCGGGCCCUCGAGUGCCUCAAGUUCCUCAUCAGCAAAGGGGCCAACGUCAACGUGCGGAACAACAACGGGAUGUCUCCGCUGCACCGGGCGGCCAGCGAGGGCCACGACAAGUGCGUCCGGGCCCUGAUCCGCGCCGGAGCAGACGUCAACGCCAAGGACGGCGAGGGGCAGAAGCCCAUUGACCUGGCCAGGAUGUGGGGCCAGCGGGCCUGCGCCAAGAGCCUCAUGGACGCCAUGUGGAAAGUGGAGAAGGCCCACGUGGCGAAGGAGAAGUGCAAACUGAACGGGAUCAAGGCGGAGAUUGAGGCCAGGAGGAGGCAGUUCCUGCAGAAGGAGCAGACGGAGGUGGACGCCUGCAACGCGCUGGCCUUUGAGGGCUGGCUGGCCAAGAAGCGCCUAAGCCCCCCCUCCCACCGGAUCCUGUCUUACCUGGAGAAGAGGCGCCUCUCCGUCUCGCUCCGCAAGUUCUCCAGGGGGGCGGUCAGCCCCACGGUGUCCUUCGUGCCCCCGCCGGCCCCGCAGGAGAAGGUCCGCACCAAGGAGCGAGGGCUCCGGCCCUGGAACCCCAGCACCAGCCUCUCCUCCCGGCCGGCCACGCACAUCUACCGGCCCACCGCCGUCCGGCUGGGGGUCGAGCCCGAGGAGGCCGCGUCCCCGGACUUCUCCUCCUUCCUCUUCCUCGCCCGCAACGCCUUCGGGGGGCCCGAGAUCCGUGUGGCCCCCGCGGGGAGGGUGCCCUUGGUGCCGGACCUGCCCUUGGAGGAGCUGAGGCGCGGGCUGUUCCCCCAGCGCUGGCCGCCCCGCCUGCGCCUCCCUUGGGACCUGCGCCCCAUGGACAUCCAAGGGCUGAAGCACAGGCGGGAGCCCCAGCCCCAGCACCGCUGGACCGACCAGCUGGCCCUCAGCCUGCGCCAGGCGCUGGACCCCGCCUGCGCACGCACCCUCCGCGCACACCUCUGCUUCCUCACGGGGGCCCCCUCCCCGGGGCCCAGGAGGGACUCCGGACAAGGGGCCACCACCUCCUCCUCCUCCUCCUCCUCCUCCUCGCACUCCACUUCCCUCCUCAGCAAAGGCAGCAGCACCCGCCAGGAAUAGCCGUCCACUCCUCUCAGGCUUGGACUCGCUCUCAUCUAAUUUUCAAAAGGCAAACUGCCCCCAAUUGUAUUGGCAGAGAAGAGCGGGCAUUGGGGUGCUGAAGGGCAUGCUCUCCCCCCCCACCAGUGCCCCCCAAGACAAAAGAAAUAGCAUUAAACCAGGAGUCUGUUUCUGAACUCUCGUGUCAUCACCCAGCCUGUGAUGGGCUUGGA